AUGUCGAGGAGAAGACUCUUUACUCCACCUUCGAACGGCAGUGGUAGUGUGUCUGCAAGCUCAAUUUCGAAGAGGGUGCAUGAUAGGAAGUUCAAUGGCAGAUGUUACUGUGGGUUGGGAGUGACACUGUUACAAUCAGGAACGGCAAUGAAUCCUGGGAGGUGGUUCAUCCGUUGUCCGAAUUGGAAGAACUCAGACUGCAACUUCUUUGAAUGGGUAGACGAAAUCGAAGGGAAGUGGGAGGGUCUGAGACGAGGACUGUCAGAAAGAAAUGUGCAGGAAAACGUUAAUAAGGCUGAGGCUGAAGUGAAGAUGCUGAUGAUGUUAGGGAGGUUUGAAGUUGAAGAGACAGUUGGAAUUCAGAAAAUGUCAACCAGAGUGAUAUCAGAUAUGUAA